GGUCCGCUCUGCCACGGGGGGCAGGCGGGGAUGGCUCUGUCCCCAUCCCACCCGGGCGGGGGGGUUAGUGUGGCUGCUCACCGAGCCAACCUCGUAAGAGGAUACCUGGGAGAAAGCAGCUAGGCUGGGAGUAGGGUUCCUGCCCUGUAACUUGAGCCCCCUUGCGGUCCCUUGGCUUUCUGGGGCUAAGGAGCCUUCCCUAGGCUCUCUGCUCCCCUUUCUUUGUGACCAGAGGCUGCUGGACUGGUAGCACAGUUCAGUGAUGAAUCCGUAAUUGCUACACAAACCAAAAUAUUAUCAGGUGAUGUAUCUCCAAUUCACAUGAAUCCUAUUUCUCAAUCCCAGUUUGUUCCUUUGGCAGAAAUUCUUUGCUGUGCUAUAUCUGAUAUGAAUGCAGCUCAUGUUAUUGUUACCCAGGAAACAUUAAUGGAUCAGUUGGAGAAACAUUAUCCAGGUAUAGCAACUCCCUCACAAGAAAUUCUAUAUAGUGUGCUUGGGACUCUAAUUAAAGAAAGGAAGAUAUAUCACACUGGAGAAGGCUACUUCAUAGUGACGCCUCACACUUACUUUAUCACAGAUAAUGUCAGGAAAGAAAAUAAAAAGUUCCCAUUAGAGGAUAAUUGCAUUCUACUGCCGUCCACCUCUUACCUUGUAAACAUGGAGAGCCGUGGAGAUCUAUCAAAAGAAAAUAUUCCUAUGGUAUCUCAUUACAGAUCCUGCCAUUGUUUCCUUGCUCAGGCUACAGUCAGUGAACAAAGACAUCAGCAGUUAAUUAGCCAUGAACCUAAUGGAAGAGGUCAAAAAGGCUCUCCUGAGUUGAAGCCCAUAGUUCAGAAUCAGCCUGAAUUUACAUCAGUUGAGACUCAUUCAUGUGACACAACUAAGUCCUUAACUUCAAUGAAAGAAAAAGAGAAAUGUAAAAAGUUUGGCCUUAGUCUUUUCUGGCGUAGCACAUCUAAGAAAGAAAAACCUAAAAAAACGUAUUCCCCUUUUUCUGCCCAGUUUCCUCCUGAAGAAUGGCCAGUUAGGGAUGAAGAUAAUUUAGAUAACAUUCCACGUGACAUUGAACAUGAAAUCAUCAAGCGUAUUAACCCUAUGCUGACAGUAGAUAACUUAGUUAAACACACAGUACUCAUGAAAAAAUUUGAGGAACAGAAAAAAUAUAUUAGUAAAGGCACCUCAACCGAAAUGUUGGGAAUUAAGCAAAAACAUAUUUCAAAAGGAUGCAUUCUUAAAAAGCUAAAUAAAACAGCAAAGCAUCACCAAAAAGUUCAAUCCAACAAAGAAAAUCAGAUAAGAAAAACACAGAGAAAAUCUCAAAUCAGUGAGAUCAUGUCAGAAAAUGACAAACAGGAAAAAUGUUCAGGGUGUCUGUCAUCAUCACAUGUUACAAAUGAAGUUGUAGCUCCUGAACAGCUAUAUAAGGAUGCAACAGUUAAAUCCAAUUAUAUAUAUAAAAAGCAAAUUAAGAAUCCUUUUCAAGGUCUACCAUGGAGAGAAAAACUUUCUACAAAAGGGCACAAAAGUCAGAAAAACAGUCAAUUUAAAUCCAGGAUUCAAAAGCAAGAUUUUAAUUUUCAAAGGUCAAGAUCUUUGGAUUCCUCAAGAAUCUUUGACCGUGAAUCCAUACAUUCAAAUGUUGAAAAUUGCAGUGACAAUGCCAAGCAAAACAAAUUAUCCCACAUUAGCAAUUCUUUUGUCCAACCCAUCAAAAGCCAUUGCAAUGAAUGCUCUAAUUUUCCACAAUGCAGUACUUUACAAAUAGAUGAUAAAUGUCAUUACUCCAGAGAGAGUAGCCUUUCUGACUGUGUUUACAGAAGAGCAUACAAAAAAGUUGUUGAUAUUCCAAAAAAUAAUGUAUCUUAUGUUGAAAAUAUGUUUGAGUUCAAUGAAGAAAUAAAAUGUCCACUAAGUUCAAAAGAUACCCAUCAGUGUGAAAAACCUGCCAUCAUAUGUGAGCUAGAUCAAACAUCAAGUCAGUUUAAAAAUGUCAGUCUUUCUAAUGAUCCUGCAGCUGAUAACCAGAUUAAACCAUCUGAAAAUGGUGCAAAUCAAGGACAAAGUGCUGACAAAAAGAAUGAACUCAUGUUUUAUAACACUACUAUAUGGCCUGAGUCUAUUAAUCGAGGAAACGGAUUUACUGAUGAUCAAACUCUGUAUCAAAAACUAGAUGGUUAUGAUGAUGUUGACGCAUGCAGCUCAUUAUAUCUUGAGGAGGAGGAUUACUCUGAAUCCUAUAAACAGCUACCCAGCCACACCAUUUCAGAAACAGGAGAAUGGAAUAAGGUACUACAACAAAUAGGAACUGAAAUAUUUAUUGGAAACCGGGGUCUUGAUAUGCAUCCUGUUGAGUGCAAUGCUACAAUAAAUAAAUUAGAUUCUUGUGGGUCAGUGGAUGGCUCUCAAGAGUGCCAGAAAAUAAAUCUUCUGGGAGAAAACUGUUUCCAUGAUCAGCUAUCUCAGUUAGUUUACAAACAUCAUGAAAAGGAAGUUGACCUUCCUAAACAUGUUCAGGCUUCAGUUACUGGUGUCAGCAUAUUUGAUUUCUGUAAAAGAAAUGAGGGUGACUCAGAUGCUGAAACUUUGCAGAACACUCCCAAUGAUACGAGAGAAAAAUCAGCAAGCUGGACACUGGGAUCGCAGAUGAUGGAAAUGAGGGAAAAUAAUGGAAAAAAGCAACUGCUUCUUAAUAGUACACAUACUACAAUUUCAGGGCCAAAUGCCCAACAAGCACCAAAUAACUUAGAAGGAACAGAAAACCAGAGCAUUACAGGAGACAGUGGAAUUGAUUCUCCAAGAACACAAAGUCUUGCAUCUAAUAAUUCAGCCAUUUUGGAUGGAUUGAAAAGAAGACAAAGUUUCCUGCAGAACUUUGAAGGCAUAAAUAACAGCGCAGAGAGCCUUUCACAAAAUACAUUGUUUCAGUUAACUCCAGUCAUGAAUGUUUAAGUUUCUUCUCUUACAGAUCUUUGUGAAUUCUUCCUUUUGUAUAAUGUAAAUAGCUUUACUGUAAUUUUUUUAAAACAAUCAAAUACAUAAUGAUGCAUCAAAAUCCAUGUAUAAUCUUUAAACUUGUUUGAAUAUUCCACUUUGGAUUUUUUACUUUUAAUUAACAUUUUAAUAAUAAGACAGUUACUUUUGUUAAUAGAUAGUAUGACCAUCUUAUGUAAUAAAAAUGUGCAAAGCAAACGUAUGGACAAAUUAUUAGCCUGACAUGAUAGUACAUGGUUCUCCAAUAAGAACCAUGCAACUAUAAUAAAUUGAUACAAGUUACACUUCUUAAGGUACUUCCUAUGUGCACCACUGGACCAACAGAACCACUAGACCCCAGCAUACAUAAUACAAAUUAGUAGGAAAAAAGACAUGACAUCCUGCCUCACUCCAAAAAAAGCCACUUGAGAUUGAAAACUUGCUCUCUCUAGAUGAGAGAGAACACUAAUACUCUGAUGACUAAAGCCAAUGGACCUACUUGUACAAGGCAAAAAGGAAAAAGCAUUUCUAAGAAUAAGUCAAGAGAAUCUUUUAUUGAUAUAGGAUGCAUAGGAGAAAAUAGACUAUCUUGCUGCCACUAAUUAAAAAGUUUCACUUAUAGCAUCCCUUUUUGAAUGUUAGACUUUCUGAAAGAAAGCCUUUUCCCAAGUAAUAGAAUGGCCAUCA